GAGAGAAAGAUUCGGCGAUCUAAAAGAAAACACUGCAAGAAACCACAAAAGAUGCAUCGAUUCUUGCAAACUGGGUUGGCAAAAUCAGUUGGUGGCUUGAGUUUGAACUCUGUAACUAUGCGAACUGGGUCUCGCGGGUUCUCCUCCUCGGCGGGUGUGACGUCAUCUCUACCGUCAUCACCGUACCUAUUGCUUCCUUUGGAGGAUGUGGGAGAUAGUCUCGAUGGCAAAGUGGUAAAUUUGAACUACUACGAUCCGGCAAAGAAUAAAACGGUGAAAGUUGGUAAUCUGAGAAGAUGGGUAGUACGUGUAGCAGCUACAUCGGCUCGUCACGAGGCUGGGUAGCUCGUAUGAACACAGAAGAUCUAACUGUACAUCUAACCAAUCUGUUCAAUCCAACGGUGUCAAAGCCAUGGCAAAGAGUGAUCUCGCUACCUCCACUUGACCCUAUCCGCUCUGGUUCUUCUGGCUCUGGUUCUCCCGGCCUGGAUCGGAUCGUUGAGGGCGUCUCUCUCUCAUCUUCGCCUGACCAACAAGACCCCGACUCGGUCACGUUGGCCGUUAAGUGGAGAGAUUCCAUCUCUUUCUGCAUGCUUAGCAAUGGAUCUAAUUGGACUCACCUCCAUUCUCUCCCUAACCAGUUCGCAGCCUCCGGUGUCCUCUUCUCCGAAAAACACGCAAGCUUUUAUCUCACUCCUAACACUUGUCUACUCCCUGGCUCGGACCCAAUCAAGAAGAUCAAAGCACGUCCCGGCCAGUUCCCUCAACUGACUCAUUACCAACAACGCGCUCCUCUCUCUAUCCCCAACCUCUCAGACUCCGAGCACCAGCUUCUGGAGAGGUGUAUUCGCAUCAAACACUUAGUUCAGUCUCCCUCUGGCGAUUUCUUCCUCAUUUAUUGGUUUAUCGAGUACACGAGUGAGGGGAAACCCAUCCCGUUCUGGGAGGUGGAGCAAAGGAAGAAGAAGGGCGGUGUCGUGGUGCCUACCACCAAGCGGUUCACAGUGCUUAAGAGAGAUUCCGAAAAUGGUGGUUGCGAGUCUUACACGGAGGACAUCGGAGAUCUCUGCAUUUUCUUUGGUAAGAACGAGCUCUUCUGCGUCAACGCCACCAACUGCUCAGGACUUGAGCCUAAUUCCAUCUACUUCAUCGACAAGGGUCGCGUUUGCAUCUUCCAUCUCGCUACUCACACUUACACCCAACUCGCCAAACUCGACUCUCUCACUGUUCCUUAUUGGCUUGCUCCUCCCACCAAUCCAAUCCAUGAUUUUGGAUUUUGUUCUCAAUUUCCUAACUAUUAUUAUUCUUUAUCUCGUAAUAAUUAAAUUAAUUAAUUUAGGUCAUUAGAGCAUCAUUAUCGCUGAUACCCCUUUAGGUUUCUUAGGUAUUUUUUUAUUACUAAUUUGGAUUAAGAAACUUAGAUAAAAAAACUCUAGUUUUAUUGCUGAUACCUCAUUGCAUCAUCAUCAAGAAUAGUUUUAGAAGUUUUUACCAAAACAA